AAAUUAUAAAAUGAACUGAAUGAAUAUUAAAACGUGAAGAAGAGUCUUAAGUUGCUAAUAAACAAAAAUUAGAGUCUAGGUUGCUUACCACUUAAUACCUUGCUAAAACAACACUGUAAAAUAAAAUAAAAUAAAAUAAAAUAAAUAAAAAGUGUGGACAAGAAUCAUAUUUGCUUAUAAUCUCAAACGGCCUUAUCCAAAAGAUCCCACAGAGAAACAGAGCAAGACAGAGAGAGGGGCUGAAAUUCUGUUUAGGCUGCCAUCGCACGUUAGCUCUUUGAGAAGAAGAAUCUCAUAAAAAAUCCCUCUUUCUUUUUCGCCGUUUCAGACUUUUUGCCGCCAUUUCUGACACCAACUUUCUUGUUUCUUCAGCCGUUCGAUAAGAAAAUCUCCCACUACUUCCAGUCUCCCUUCAUAAUCAUGGACCCACGACAACCAUUCCAAUGAACAAAACAAACCAACUGUCUUCUUCCACUUCAUCUUUCUUCACUCUUUUCCCCAAUUCUCUUUUGAGUCACGAUUCUUCAUCCUUUUCCCCUUUUUCAUUCCAUUCCUCUCCUCUUCCUGCAAGUUUUUCAGAUUUUUCCAGUUGGGGUUCCGAGAAUUCAGAGAUUUGGAGAUGACGGGUUCUGGUAUGAACUUGAUUACCACUGUUAUUGGGUUUGGAAUGAGUGCUACAUUCAUAGUGUUCGUCUGUACAAGAAUCAUUUGUGGUCGACUUCGUUCAGCUCAAUCCAAUACCCCCAAUUACGAGAUUGAAUCCAGGCUUGAUCUUGAGCAGCAGCCAGAGUCCCGUGCGAGUGGUCUCGAACCGGUUCUCAUAGCUGCUAUACCAACAACGAAGUUCGACCAAGAGGCUUUCAGUUCUGCAGAAGAUGCUCAAUGCUCAAUCUGUUUGGGCGAGUAUGAAGAGAAGGAAGUACUGAGAAUAAUGCCCAAAUGUGGUCACAGUUUUCAUCUCACCUGCAUUGAUGUAUGGUUGAGAAAGCAAUCUACAUGCCCAAUCUGCAGGCUGCCACUGCAAGACUCCUUUAGAACAAAACCUGCAAGACCAAUGACAGUGAGCAGAGACCAGUCUUUUGAUGGUUCUGAGAUUUCAACUGAUCAUCAUUCUCAACACUGGCUUCUACCUGGCCCCAAUCGUUCGGAGGGCAACACAAGCAACCAAUCACAGCUUCAACCCAUUCCAGUAAACCCCUCAGCUCAAAGAGAGAUGGAAACAAUACAAUGAUUAAAGAAAUUAGCUUCACUGCUGAAUAGGUAGGAGUAUGAUUACACAGUUGGAUAUCCCAUACUUCUGUACAAAUCAUUGUUUCAAUAUUCUUUUGCAUUGGGUAGUGUAGAUUGAGGCCUCCUCAACCAAUGCAAUGAAUUCUCACAAUGUUGUGGAUAUCUCCAUAAGUUUCUGCCUCGUUCGAACUUAUAUCAAAUGGAAUUUUGGCAGAAACUUGCUGCAAUGAAGAUUUUUUCUGGUGCUUAAACCAGAAUAUUGAAUCAGGUUAAGCAGAAA